UACAACUAUGUAAACGGUUUAAAGUGGCGCUGUUUAGAAUCCUGCCCCUAACUUUUACAAGACACAAUUCAAACAGUAACGAGACUUGAAUCCUGUUCUCUUACCGAACCAGACCGGAAUAGUUUUAGCUAGUCCAGUGUGGUAUGGUGGUGUAGUAGCCUACUGGGAGUUAAGCGGGUAUGAGGAGCCCACACGUAAACGCAAAGUGAUUAACGGACCGUCGAGAAAGUUUUAAUGGGGAAUAUCUCAGGCACAGCGAAAGAUUUUUAGAAACAUUUUUAAAUAUUAACUGCAUGUUACUUCUGGUCUUUUAUUCUAGUGGUGCACUAAAAAAUCUUACAUAUGGUCCCUUUAAUUACAAUUCAUUAGAUGUGAAGAAAACCAAAAACUGAACAGCCAAAUAUUUGUUCCGCACAUCCAGUUACCAUGGCUACACGAUCAGAAGGUAAACAAAACGACGAAACGGAAGAAUGGGGUUACGAGAUCGAGUCCCUCUGCGCAGUGUUGGCUUUGGCAGUUGCCAGGAGCGUAAGAUGUUUCCAACCCACUGUGCACCAAACCGUAUGGGCAAUGAGUUUUCUCGGCAGGGAGACCCACAUCGCGGCCCCGGCUGCUAUGACAAUCAUGUUAUUGGUACCAUAAUGCAUGACGUGCAGAUGAGACCACUGAGUAAAAAAGGAUACACGCUUGCUGCAAGGACAGCUUCACGGUUUCUGCCCAGUGUUCAGGCAAUCGCCCCUCCCCCUCAGAAGUAUCAGCAGGACAGAAGGUGGCCUCAAGUGUACCCUCUUUGCAUAACCCCUUUCAACUCCACCACACAGAGGUUCAGGACCAGGUCCCUUACAGCAGACUCCAACCCAGGCAGUCCUGGGACGUAUGCUCAUGAUACUACUGUGAACAGGAAGGUAUCGUGGCCCAUGAGAUUUGGUUCCCCAGACUGGUCUAGACUUCCCCAACAGGAGAGGAAAGCCUUGAGGACACAGCUGCUUUGUGACAAGAAAUUGGCAAAGCAAAGGACUAGAGUGGCAUAUCUACAACUAUUUUACUCCUGACUUUGCUGGAGAUGAACCUGACACAACCAUGAAUAAAGUGUUUAUGUCAUAUCUUUAAUGAUAUUAUUGACCAAUCUCAAGGUAUACAAAUUGAAGAGGG